AUGAGUAAAUCUGAAGCCAGUGACAAAAGCAGAAUCAAUCUUACUGAUACUCCUGAACAAAUUAGAGAGAAAGUGAAAAAGUCAGUUACAGAUCUAACAUCUGAGGUGACCUAUGAUCCAGUAAACCGCCCUGGUGUUUCAAAUUUGAUAGGAAUGCACAUGGCUCUGACAGAUAGCUUUGUUGAAGACAUUGUUGAGGAAUCAUAUUUACUAGCAGAAGAUACAAAUUUGUAUAAACAAAGACUUGCUGAUAUCAUUAUAGCUAAGCUGUCACCUAUAAGGGCAGAAAUUCUCAAGCUUAACACAGACAAAGGAUACUUAUUGAACGUUCUUCAGUCUGGA